AUGUCCGCCCGAAAGGGUCUGUUCUCGUACGGGAGGGUCGGCCUGACGCUCACCUUUCAGUACGAAGUCGGCCAACGGAUUAUAGCGCCGGUGAUGUCUCACAUGAGGUGCCGGCUGUCGGUUAUGUGUCAAAACCUAUGCAAAGUGGAGCACAGGUUUGUCAUAAACGGCUCGUCGUUUACGCCGCCGCCCGCAGUGGACGUGUCGUUAGUGCGCUUCACACCACUCAUCGAACCCCGCAUUCAACUGCCAUUCAAUGUGAUCGAGAAGUUUGUGCGCCAUCUGUUCCAUCACCGGAACAAAUACAUCCGCUUCAAUGUCGGCACACUAUUCCCCAAAGACCUGAAGCCAUUGGUGGGCGAAGUGUUUGAAAAGGCGGACAUCGAUCCCGAGUUGAGGUGUACUAUGCUUUCGGUGGAAGAGAUCGGCCGCUUGUGUACAGUAUAUCACGACAUGUGUGACGACAACAUGGGUUUGUUUGAGUACGACUACAGAGCGCGCACUAAACUACCGAAAGUCGUGUCCGCUAUGUUUGUCGACUAA